AUGAAAGCGCACGGCCCAAGUUUCCAGGGUUUUGAUCUGUUGACUACAGCUUUGGUGCUGAGUCCGGUUGUGUCUCGCCAUCAUGUCGAGCCCUCCCAAGCAGUACAUUUCCACGAUGACGAACGUGGACACCUAUGUGCAGAAGGAGUGGACUGCCAGUGGAAGCGGAUCUUGGGUGAACGUGGACACGCUGCUAUUCAUUUUCAGUGUGCUCGUAAAAGCCAUCCAGCUCUGCCAAUCUUGCUCUACGCGCUGGUUGGUGUCGUAGUAGCCUCGAAUGGAGCUUUGCUUCGAAUUUGGGGCGGGCUCUCACCGAUCGCCUUAUGGAUUCUCAACUGCAAUUACAGUCAGACGCGGAAAAGUGGUCUCACAUCUAUUGCGGAGGUGUUCGCGUCUGUAGCAGACCAACGCGUCCGCAAGACUUUUCGCCGACUUCUCCAGGACAAGAGUGUCGAGGCCAAGGUGAAGACUGCCACAGUACAAGAAGACGGCAGGCACGAAGACACGCUGAUGCAAGACCUGGCUGCUCCAGCCGAGGCGAAUGCAGCGCAGCGUGACAGGCAUGCACGACUAAGUCUAUGGUCAGUGGCAUAUCUUGGUGGCACCAUUGAGCGCUGCAAGGAGCGUGACUUCAACUUUGUGCAGAACAAUCCUACAGCCUUCAAGGGUUUGCCAGGCAUUGAUUCCGCUACUGCUUCUGCAGCUGAAGCCGCCGUUGCAAGUGGGGAAGGCUUGCGAGGGCGUACCUGGUUUUCUACGCUGUUGCUGUUUGAGGAAGCGUAUGAGUUUCUGAUGGAACUCGGCAUCUUGGACAGUCCAGGUUCCGCUGCAAAAAAGCAGGUGCUGCAAACGGGCGUGAGCACCUUCGAAACGAAGAGCUGUGGAUCGGUCGGCGGCUUGCACUCACCAAGUGUCAACGCAGCCCUGGCCGGCAAUUUUCAUCCCGGCGUCGCGGUGGAGAUGAUUCGCGGGCUUCGGGGCGACCACGGAUGCCAAACAAAAGCUCGCUUCCUGUUUGCCAGUGGGCAGCCCAUUCAACCGCAUGAGGAGUACGAAUCUGUCGGCUUGGAUGCCAAAGUGGAGCACUGCGCAGUCCCCAGGGUGUUGCUUGAUUCGUUGCGGCUGAACUGCUUGGAAAGUCCCGAGAAGGCAGCAGGAGACGGUCCUCAGCCAGAGUGGUCCAUGGCAGACAGAGAUGUAGAAGUUCCUCCAGAGCUUGAACUACGCCCGGCAGCGAAGCGGCUCACGGAGAUCUCUGAGCAGGAGCACCGCGUCCUGGAGUUCUCAGAGAGCGACAAGCAACUUUUCAAGAGCUACGCAUGUUAUUUCAAUAUUAUGGUGGCUCAAUCUCGAGAAGAUGGUGACGUGGGUCAGGGUGCCCAGAUGGGCGCGCGUCCGUGGAAACUUGCCAUGCUUUCUUCGGCUUUGGCACUCUGGGAUCUUGCCUGGCUGCAGUCG